AUGGGGGCUUUCCUUACAGCCUAUACCCUCAUUUUAUCCCCUCUGGUUUAUAUUAGUUUAUGGCUGCUGCUGCAAAUCUACGGUUGGAGGUUGCGGUCAGUUAAUGAGGCAAAACGGGCAGAAAUCUUGGAACAUCUUGGGCACAAUCGUGAGGAGAAGAAACGUUUAGUUGGGUUUUUUCAUCCCUACUGCAAUGCUGGGGGUGGUGGUGAACGGGUUCUGUGGACAGCCAUUGCCGCCAUGCAACGAACUGACCCUGAUGUCGUUAGUGUCGUUUACAGCGGAGAUAACGACGUGAGGAAGGAGAACAUCAUCGACAAAGUAAAGGCGAGAUUCGACAUAGCCUUGGACCCAACCCUGCUCCAUUUCGUGUUCUUGGAUACGCGAUACUAUGUCGAGGAUUCGACUUGGCCUCGCUUCACUCUUGUUGGUCAGAGCAUUGGAUCCAUGUUCCUCGCCUGGGAGGCUAUGUCCAAGCUUAUCCCUGACCUAUACAUUGACACUAUGGGCUACGCGUUUACAUUUCAUGUAGUUUCUCUUCUUGGCCGUAUUCCGGUCGGCGCGUACGUGCAUUACCCGACAAUAAGUACUGAUAUGCUUGCCCGCAUCAAAUCGAGAAAGCAAUGGCACACAAACACUAGCGCCAUCUCAUCUUCAGCGAUUUUAAGCCAAGGAAAACUCUUGUACUAUCGCACAUUCAUGUAUUUCUACGCGUUCUCCCUGCGGACCGCAUCAUUUCUCAUGGUAAACUCGUCAUGGACUAAGGAUCACGUAGAUGCUAUCUUGAAACGGUCGGAUCCCAUCCUUGACUCGGUUAUCUUGCUCCCGCUGUUGUUAUUCACCACGUCAUUCAAUACCAAUGGCGCACCUGAGGGUGCUAGGAUUGUUUAUCCGCCUUGUGAUACUCGCGAGAUAGCCGCAUUUCCGCUUGAAGGCCGAAAACGCGUUAUCUUGAGUGUGGCCCAGUUCCGUCCAGAAAAGGACCAUGCAGCUCAAUUGCAUGCAUUCCAACUACUUUUGAAAGAGCACCCGGAGUAUAAGUCGCAAUCUACAAACGACGUCAAAUUGGUGUUGGUCGGCGGUAGCCGAAAUGCAGGCGACGAAUCCCGAGUCGAAAGUCUUCGCAAACUCGCUGUUGAACUUGGCAUUCACGAGCACGUUGAAUUUGUCGUGAAUGCUCCGUAUCCAACUGUUCUAAAAUGGCUAUCCUCCGCAAGCAUCGGGCUCAGUACGAUGGUGGACGAGCAUUUUGGGAUCAACGUCGUUGAAUUUAUGGCCGCAGGCGUCAUACCAGUAGCACAUGCGUCGGGAGGACCUUUGAAAGAUAUCAUAAUCCCGUUCAACGGAGAGCGAACAGGCUAUCACGCAGCUACACCGGAAGAAUUCGCGGGCGCUUUACAGACUGCUCUGACGCUCGAUUCCGAAGAGGAAUUGACACUUAGGAUGCGAACGAGGACAUGGGCUGUGCAACGCUUUUCGGAAGAAGAGUUUGAGAAGGGGUGGAAUGCCAGUGGUUGGCGGACGUGGUUACCUCAAUGA